AUGGCCGACUUGCGCUCAUGUAGCAGCUCUGAAGAGCUGAUGAAGAAGGACGAGGAACACAAGGUGGAAAAAGACACCAAGAACCAAGAGAAGGACGAGGUACACAAGGUGGAAGAAGAAAACGAGUACCACAAGGAGGAGAAGGACGCGGACCACAUGGAAGCCGAGAAGGAUGAGGACCACACGAAGGCGGAGAAGGACAAGGACCACACGGAGGACGAGGGCCACACGGAGGCGGAGCAGGACGAGGGCCACACGGAGGCGGAGCAGGACGAGGGCCACACGGAGGCGGAGCAGGACGAGGGUCACAAGGAGGAGGAGAAGGUCGAGGAUCACACGGAGGAGAAGGACGAGGACCACAAGAAGGCGGAGGAGGAGGAAGAAGACCACAAGGAAGAAAAGGAGUACAGGGCAAAGGAGGAAGAGGAGAUGAAGAAGGAGAUAAAGGAGGAGGAAGUGGAGGGAGAAAAGAAGGAAGCAAAGAACCAGGUGGGGGAGGGGACGGCCACAGUAACACCUCACAUCUUAGAUUGUGAGUACUUGCUGAAGAUCCUGGCCAUGGAGGAAGAAGAAGACGAACAGACCUUCAUCCCCCGCAUAGCUAGCAUCAUCAGCCCCAGCCUGAGUCCAUCGCCACCAUCCCACCAGCAGUCGAGCCAGAUAUGUAACCACACAUCCAACUCAAGUCUGAGCUCCUCCACGUCGCAGAAAAGUUUUCCUAAAAUAUUUCAGUCAUUUAGGAAAGACACAUCAGAAAUGAAUUCAGAAAGGCUUGCCGAUCAACACUUAUAUUCAGGAAUUCCAACAUCAGUACAAACUGAAGAAAGUUGGCUUCAAGAUUUAUCUCAUAAAAAGCAUCAACAGAUGAAGAAAACACUUACCCCACUGAAGAAAGCUAAACUUAAAAAUUCAACUUCUGAAUUAAGAGAAAAAUGGGUAAUUAAUCCAGAAGAGCCAAAAUUAAAGGUUUUAUGUGAAAUGGAGUUUAAGGACGACUUCAUCAAACUGUUUGAGCCUUCCUUGAGAACAUUACCCGGCAUUGGGCCACCAUCCAUUCUGGCAUACAAACCAGAGACUUCCAAUUUACACAUUAAAUUCAAGGAUGAAGAGGAGAUAUUACCUAAGUGUGAAUAUUGUGGGAGUGAUCUAAGAACAUUUCUUUCCAGUAUGGAUUUUUACUCUGAAUACAGUAGCAUUGAACCAAUAAAACGUGACUCCUGUUGCAUUCAUUUCCAAAAUCUAGUUGAAUAUAUCUCUAUUGAAGAGCAAAAAACCCAAAGCUCUUAUGCUAAAUUAAUCUGUAUCGACCCCCACGCAGCCCAUGGAAAUGAAGUGGAGAGGCUCAAAGCAAAGGAAAAGGCCCUGCGGAGGAAACAGGAGCGACAGAUGGCCAAACAUCUUGCAAUCAUACCCACUGACGAGCUUACGUUCGCCGAAGAAGAUUCAAGGCACUUAAAAACAAUUUCUUAUCAACUGUCUGUGGAUAUUCCAGAAAAGGUGUCAACUGAUGAGAGCAUGUUUGAUUUUCAAGUAGAAACCAAUAACUUAUCCAUUGUUUGUUGUGAUUCUAGGAUAGCAUGUGGAAAGACUAUCCUGGAGGACGAACUUCUAGAGAAGAACUACAAACAUGGCAGCAAGUUUCUGACGUCAUUUCCAGAUGGAACAACGCAAAUAUUCUAUCCAUCUGGAAAUCUAGCCAUCAUUCGAGUGCCCAACAAACUAAAUGGUUUCACUUGUAUAAUCCAAGAAGACAUGCCCACUAAUGCUGCCAUCCUGGCACUGCUGGAUUCCUCUGGAAGAAGUUCUUGCUAUCAUCCCAAUGGAAAUGUCUGGGUAUGCAUCAAUAUCUUGGGAGGUCAAUAUUCAGAUCAAGCAGGCAACAGAGUGAGAGCUUGGAACUGGUCAAGUUCGGUUGCUUCCACCCCCUUCGUGUCAUUUAAACCGGUCUUUCUGGCUUUGAACCAUUAUGUUGGAGUUCGAAUCUUAGAACAAGACAAAAUUUCCAUCACUUUUCUAGCAAUGGGCCAACAGGCAAGAAUCAGCGUUGGAACCAAAGUCAAGCUACCAAACCCUGAGGAGAUUCCAGUCCUCCGAUAUGUGAGUGGAGAUGACCUUCUUCUGCUGGCCAGUUUAAUAAAGAUUCGACGCCUAUUUCAUAAACUACAAGGAUGUAUGAAUUUUCCCUCAAGCCAAGUUUGGGGUAAACUAAAGCAACCUUCAUAUCUUUCUUCACUGUCUCUAAAACUAAUUGCUCUCUGUCACAAUUCUGGAAUAAAGCGAAAUAUAAUGACAACAAUAAGACGUAUAUUAAAUGAAAAAAUUUAA